AUGGAGGAGUUGGCGGCCAAGCAAGGUGAUGUAAGCAGUGGGUACAUGAGGAGGAGAAGUGUGGCUGAGGCCGACACGACGGAGAGGAAACGAAAGGAAGAAUACGAGAUGUCGAUACGGGAGGCUGAAGAGGCGAGGGCGAAGGCUGAUGCUGAGGCUAAGGCAAGGGAGGAGGAAUAUGAGGCCAGGCUGCAGGAAAUGCAGUCGCAGAAGGAUGAUAGGAGAGAGGAAGAGUUGCAGAGGUUGAGGAGGCAGUUGAAGUCUGAGAGGAAGGAGGCGGAGAGGGAGAGAGAGGCUAUGAUGAGGAAACAAAAAGGGUUGGAGGAGGCAGAGGGAAGCAACGCUGAUAGCGAAGGAGAUGGCCAGGCCUUAUACGUGAUGAGGGAUGCCAAGAAAGACGCCUU